AGUGUCCGGACUGGAAGGGGGGGGGAAAGUGUCCGGACUGGAAGGGGGGGAAGUGUCCGGACUGGAAGGAGGGUGAAAGUGUCCGGACUGGAAGGGGGGGAAAGUGUCCGGACUGGAAGGGGGGAAAGUGUCUGGACUGGAAGGGGGGGAAAGUGUCCGGACUGGAAGGGGGUGAAAGUGUCCGGACUGGAAGGGGGUGAAAGUGUCCGGACUGGAAGGGGGGGAAAGUGUCCGGACUGGAAGGGGGUGAAAGUGUCUGGACUGGAAGGGGGUGAAAGUGUCCGGACUGGAAGGGGGGAAAGUGUCCGGACUGGAAGGGGGGAAAGUGUUUGUUCGGACUGGAAGGGGGGAAAGUGUCCUGGACUGGGGGGGUGAAAGUGUCCGGACUGGAAGGGGGGGAAAGUGUCUGGACUGGAAGGGGGUGAAAGUGUCUGGACAUGAAGUGGUUAAAAGAAUCGGAGAACUGCGGGAAGGUUUGUCAUCGGGCUGAUCCAGGUUGAUGUCGAUCGGAUGCGA